UCAUUCUUUCCCAAAUUUCAUUUACCAAUUAACAUAGCUCCGUUUCUGGGUUUGGAUCUUCCUCAAGCUCUUCAGAACACAAAAAUAAGAAUUCUUAUACACAAAACAUAAAGAUAGUAAAUUUGAACAGAUAGCCUUGUUAUUGUAGAGAAACAACCAUCUGUUCAAUUCAAAAUGAAGGAAGAAGAAGUGAACCGAUGCCAGAUUCAGGAAUGGUACCCAAAAUUUAAGUCUGUUUCCAUUAAAACCCAAAUCCAUGAACUUCCAGAAUCCUUUAUCCAGUACCUUCUUGAUGAUUCUGGCCCUUUCCUUCUACCUGUUUCCAUCUCAAAUGAUGAUGCCCUACCUAAUAGAAUUCAGAACCCAGAGGAGGAAGAAGACUAUCAGGUAUCGGAAGGAUCUGGAGACGAGUCUGAACAACCUUUGCCACCCCCUUCUUUCCCAGAACUUGAAAUGAAGAUUAAGGAAUCUAUCAAAUCACUUGGGGGUUCAGUCUUUCCUAAAUUGAAUUGGAGUGCACCUAAAGACUCAGCUUGGAUCAGCACUAUUGGGACACUCCAAUGCACCACGUUCAGUGAGAUUACACUAUUGCUAAGAGCAUCUGACUCCUUGAUCCAUGAUUUGUGUCAUGCAUAUGAUUCAUGCACUGAUAAGUCAUUGUCAAGACCCCCGAGUUUCUUCCUUGCACUCCGUAAGUGGUAUCCAUCCCUUCAGCCGGAGAUGGAAUUCCGUUGUUUUGUAUGGGGUCAAAACCUAGUUGGUAUUUCUCAGCGUGAGGUCACUACUUUUUACCCAGUUCUUCUUGAGAAGAAAAGUAAUAUUGAGUGGUUGAUCAGGCAAUUUUAUGAGGAUCAAGUGAGGCUAAAAUUUGAAUCAGAGAAUUACACGUUUGAUGUUUAUGUUACGAAGGAUGAGCGGAUUAAGGUUUUGGAUUUCAAUCCUUGGGGUGCAUUUACAUUGCCAUUGUUGUUUAAUUGGGAGGAGUUAGAGCAGAACACUGGGGAAGAAGGAGAACAAGUAGAUUUUAGAAUUGUGGAGAGCCAGUGUGGUGUUAGGCCAGGUAUGAAGACAGCAGUGCCAUACGAUUACUUGGAUACCAGCUCUGGGAGUGGCUGGGAUCAAUUUUUGAGGAAUGCCAAUGAAGAGUUACAACAGCAGAUCAGGUCUUCUGAAGCAGGUGGUUGAGGUUAUGAUUGUAUUGAUGAUUAAGAAUAGUGUUGCAGUUUCUCUGCAUCGACUGCAAUUCAAAUAUUUACUUCCAUUGGGGCAGACUAUAUCUGUAGUCUGGGUUUUUAUCGUUUCCUAUGCUGUUGCUGAAAAACAAGAUUUUGCAUCCACAAUCAAUAACAUAAUGAUGAAGCUCGAUUUGUGCAAUCUCCCUCCCUGGUUUGUGUGCUAUAACUUGAUUGUUCUUCCUCAAAUGUGUACUUAAAUCUUACAUUUUGGUGGUUUCAUAAAAUCUACUUUGAGUUGUCUUUUUCUUUCCCAUUCCGUUAGUCUUGCAUCUCAGCUUUGAUGGGUUUUGGAUGUUAUUGUUCAAUUUAGUGUUGUAUCCAAUUGGAAUUUGGAAUUCCUUUCCAUGUUUAAUUUUUCCAUCAAGCAUAGUUUUUUGCAGUCUGUUUAUA